GUCAAAGGCGGCCAAUUUCGCUCCGGGAAGACUCUGGAGGGAUUUUCCAGCUGUUUCUGUGCUGCCCAGGAAACACAGUGGAAUGAGUGAUAGUACGGACUUGCUGGAACGCGCCAAGGCGGUGGUGCCGCGCCUGGAGACGAACCUUCACAAGGGCCAGGCAGGGCGAAUCGGCGUCGUCGGUGGAUCUGUGGAGUACACGGGGGCACCCUUCUUCGCCGGCAUCAGCGCUCUGCGCGUUGGAGCCGAUCUGGUGCACGUCUUCUGCUGCCAGUCCGCCGCGCCUGUGAUCAAGUCCUACAGCCCGGAAUUGAUAGUGCAUCCGGUGCUGGACGAGCACUGCGCCAUGGCGAAGAUGGAGAAGUGGCUGGACCGGCUUCACGUGCUUGUGGUGGGUCCAGGACUGGGCAGAGAUCACGCAGUGUUGGAGAACGUGACGAUGCUCCUGAAACACUGCCGCCACAGUGGGAUUAAAGUGAUCCUGGAUGCGGAUGCUUUGCAUCUGCUGACACUGGAUUUCUCUCUGGCCAGGAGCUUGAGCGGGGCAAUUCUCACGCCCAAUGCUGUGGAGUAUCGCCGGCUGUUCGGGGAGAUAAAAGAUAUUGGAGAAUUGCGAGAGCUGAUCGGGAAGGACGUGACAGUGCUGGAAAAGGGGCUCAGUGAUAAGAUUUACGACGUCACUGUGACAAAUCAGGUGUACCAGCUUCCUCCAGGAGGCUCUGCGAGACGCUGCGGUGGCCAGGGGGACCUCCUGAGUGGUGCCUUGGCCACUUUCUACUGCUGGGCGCUCAAUUGCAGCCAGGAAACAAAUCCGGCGCUUGUGGCGUGCUUCGCCGCGAGUCUCCUGGCCAAGCACUGCAACCAGGAGGCGUUCAAGGAGAAGGGCCGCGGCGCUCUCUGUGGUGACAUGAUUGAGCAGAUUCCAAAGAUCUUCCGGGAGCAUUUUGAGCAUUUUUAAGAAUUCCGGGA